UGACGUUAGGCCGCUGCACGCCGGAAGUGGCAGCUGAACGGGGGCACUGAGGUGUCGGCCGGCGGGGCAGUGGCCCGGAGCGGGGGGCGGGGGUGUUGGUCAUGUUUCCCUUUGGGCCUCAUAGCCCUGGAGGGGACGGAUCGGCCGGAGCCGGGGCUGAGGAGCCGGUGCCCCACGAGGGGCAGGCAGCAGCCACCAGGCCGCCCUCGCCGCUACAUCCCGGGGCUGAUGCGACCCAUCCCCCUCCACCCACCCGGAGCCCUCGCCGCCCCGGCGCCCCAUCGCUGUCCCCGGCCCCGCGCUCCGGAGAGCUCGAGCUGCCCGGAGAUCCGGAGUCCUCGGCUGCCUCCGCCCAGGGAGAGCCGUCACCUCCCUCCCCUCCGCGCCGGCGGCCCGGGCCAGACUGCAAGGCCGAGAGCCGGGGCCGACACGGCCUCUGCGCGGGCCUGGGCGGCCCUGGCGCCAGGCUGUUCGGGUGGCUGAAAGAGCGCAGCCUGGGCCGCGGUCUGUUCGUGGACCCGGCGCGGGACAAUUUUCGCACCAUGACUAGCCUCUACGGUUCCAUCCACCCCGCGGACUCGGUGUACCUCAGCACCCGCACCCACGGCGCCGUCUUCAACCUGGAGUACUCACCCGACGGGUCAGUGCUGACAGUUGCUUGUGAACAAACUGAAGUUCUGCUUUUUGACCCUAUAUCUUCAAAGCACAUAAAAACACUUUCUGAAGCUCAUGAAGACUGUGUAAAUAAUAUCAGAUUUCUUGAUAACCGGCUGUUUGCUACCUGCUCUGAUGACACUACAAUAGCACUAUGGGAUCUGAGAAAAUUGAACACCAAAGUAUGCACUUUACAUGGUCACACUAGCUGGGUGAAGAACAUCGAAUACGAUACUAAUACAAGACUCUUAGUAACAUCAGGAUUUGAUGGAAAUGUCAUUAUUUGGGACACUAACAGGUAUACAGAAGAUGGGUGUCCACAUAAGAAAUUCUUUCACACACGUUUUCUUAUGCGAAUGAGGUUAACACCAGAUUGUUCCAAAAUGUUGAUUUCAACGUCCUCUGGAUAUCUCUUAAUUUUGCAUGAUCUUGACUUAACUAAGUCUUUAGAAGUAGGCAGCUAUCCCAUUUUAAGAGCAAGAAGAACUACUUCAAGUUCAGAUUUGACCACUUCAUCAAGUUCAUCUGGUCCUAGAGUUUCUGGCUCACCUUGUCAUCAUAGUGAUUCUAAUUCUUCUGAGAAACACAUGUCACGAGCCUCUCAAAGAGAAGGAGUUUCACCACGAAAUAGUCUUGAAGUCGUAACCCCUGAAGUUCUUGGUGAGAGUGACCACGGAAACUGCAUCACAUCCUUACAGCUGCACCCAAAAGGCUGGGCCACUCUUCUUCGGUGCUCAAGCAACAGUGAUGAUGAGGAGUGUACUUGUGUCUAUGAAUUCCAAGAAGGAGCUCCAGUGCGACCUGUCUCACCUCGCUGUUCUCUACGACUGACUCAUUACAUUGAAGAAGCCAAUGUAGGCAGGGGUUACAUCAAAGAACUUUGCUUCAGCCCCGAUGGGCGAAUGAUUUCUUCCCCACAUGGCUAUGGGAUUCGUUUGUUGGGAUUUGACAAACAGUGCAGUGAACUUGUUGACUGCUUGCCCAAAGAAGCCAGUCCCUUGCGGGUGAUCCGUUCUCUGUACUCUCAUAAUGAUGUGGUACUAACAACAAAGUUCUCUCCAACACAUUGUCAGAUUGCCUCAGGGUGCCUUAGUGGACGGGUUUCUUUGUAUCAGCCAAAGUUUUAGGCACAACUUACAUCAAAUAAGGAACUCUUCUGGUGUUGACUUAGGAAUUACUUCAAUUUAGAUGAAGUAUUUUCUUUUUAGAAGAUCUUAUAAGUUUGGGUCAAGAUCCUGGUUCUUAUGGGUCCAUGAACACACUUGUGACCUUAGUACUUGGUCAUCCAGCAUCAUACAGGCAUCUCCAAGUUAGACUCUAUGCAGCAUCAUCUUUUUCAGCAUUCCUCUGCUCCUGCUGAUCUGUGCCACUGAACUCCAGUUCUUCUGGUCAUUUUGCAUGGUAGCUCUUGUCAAGUUCCUUUCUUCCUCACUAUUUCUCUCUUUUCCUCUCCCUGUCCCUCUCUUUCUUUGUGUUUGUUGAUUUUGGUGUCAAUUUUGUGGACAUUUGGCAGGAGUUUUGAUUGGAGUAGGAGAAACCCAUGACAUUAGAAUUGAAUAAAACCUAGAAACUGGAUAUUGGCAUAUUGGUUGUUGAAAAAGAAAUUUCAUCUUCACCUAUGAGUAUA